AUGGACGACAUCUUGUCUCAAGUCUUUGACGCAUGCAAGCUAGCUAGAGAUCUGGAGAGCUGCCUCCGCCUUUCCACCUGCCCGAUCGAUCCCCGCUUCCUCUUGGGCUCCUGCGAGGACAUCGCCGGUGCCUUCAGCAACGCCGUACAUGUGAUACGCUCACAAACGCCGUCUUCUUGCACCUCCCAAUUGCUCUUUCGGGAGGCUUCGGGUGAAGGCUACAUGCAAGCCAUCCAUCUGCUCCGACAAGGCGCCCAUCCGUUCUGUGCCGCCGGGCCGUCGGCGAACGACAUGGCCUUCUCCGGUUUGCCGCAUCUGGUGCCGGAAAUCCAAUCGACCGGUGCGAUGGGGGGCUCGAGCUAUGCCAACACCCCUGACACGGACGUGGAUGCGCUCGUGGGCGGCAGAGGAGAGGCUCCGGUCGCGCCAUCCGGGCGGACAGCGGACGGUUCCUUGCCGCAAAGGAAGGAAGGCACUGUGACGCAGAGAGUGCCGGUCCUUCGAACAGGGAACAUGGAGAUACCUCCCAACGAUGGGUACAAGUGGAGGAAGUACGGUCAGAAGAAGAUACUCAAUUCGAGCUUUCCAAGGAGCUAUUACCACUGCAACCACAAGAGUUACUACCGCUGCGACGCGAAGAAGAUGGUGCAAAGGUCGGACGACGAUCCGUACACGUUCCAAGUGACAUACUGCGGCAGCCACACCUGCCACACUUCUCCGACCCCGAAGCUGAUCCCCACCCUGGUGCCCAGCGGCUCCGUCAACGACAACGACGACGGUGGCAAUGGCAACCCGCAGGGCGCGCCCUUGGGCCUGGAAGCCAUGCACCCGGUGGCAUCGCAGUCUACUCCGAUUCAUCUGCAGAACUGGCUCGAGGGCAAUCCGAGUAGCACAGGAGCCCUCCUCGUUGCUCACAGUGGAGUAAGCAGCCGCAGCAGCAGACAAGUAGCGCAGGUGCAGGGUGGAAGAGACAUCGACUGCUCCGUGGCGGAUGCGCUGCUCAACACAGCGAGCAGCGGCAGUAGCAUGGAUGUCAUCUUCUCGCCCACGCAUGGAGAGUAA